AGUCCUUGUCCUUCACUUCCACUUGGUCACUGCUUCAGAGUCCAUUAUAAAACAUACACUCUCUCUGUUUUGUUUUUUUUUAAGUUUCGUUUUCAGUGUUUUUGUUUUCCGUAUUUUUGGUCCACAGCUUUCUGUUCUUGUGAGCGGUGUCGUUUCAUCACAAUGACGGAUACGACGGACGACAUAGCGGAGGAGAUUUCGUUCCAGAGCUUUGAAGAUGAUUGUAAACUGCUUGGAAAUCUGUUAAACGAUGUCUUGCAGAGAGAAGUUGGUUCUGGAUUCAUGGAAAAAUUUGAACGGAACAGAGUCCUCGCUCAGAGUGCUUGUAAUAUGCGGUUGGCGGGGAUUGAGGAUUCGGCAGAGCUGCUUGAAAAGCAGCUUGCAUUGGAGAUAUCAAAGAUGACAUUAGAGGAAGCACUGUUACUUGCUCGUGCAUUCAGUCAUUACCUCAAUCUUAUGGGAAUAGCUGAGACUCAUCACAGGGUUCGUAAAUCACGAAAUGCUGUAAAUUUGUCAAAAUCUUGUGAUGACAUUUUCAGUAAGCUAGUGCAAGGUGGGAUUUCUCCAGAUGACCUUUAUAACACCGUUUGCAAGCAGGAGGUUGAAAUUGUUCUUACUGCACAUCCCACCCAAAUCAAUCGACGUACCUUACAAUAUAAACACAUUAGAAUUGCUCAUCUUUUAGAUUAUAAUGAUCGACCUGAUCUUUGUCAUGAAGAUCGAGAAUUGCUAAUUGAAGAUCUGGUGAGGGAGAUAACUUCAAUAUGGCAGACAGAUGAGCUAAGAAGACAUAGACCUACACCAGUAGAAGAAGCAAGGGCUGGCUUGAACAUUGUGGAGCAGACUCUUUGGAAAGCUGUUCCAGAUUAUCUGCGACGGGUCAACAAUGCUUUAAAAAAGCAUACAGGAAAGCGUCUUCCUUUAACUUGCACUCCAAUAAAAUUUGGGUCUUGGAUGGGAGGUGAUAGAGAUGGAAAUCCAAAUGUGACAGCAAAGGUCACAAGGGAUGUUUCACUUUUAUCUAGGUGGAUGGCCAUUGACCUCUACAUUCGGGAAGUUGAUAGUCUCAGAUUUGAGUUAUCCAUGAACCAAUGCAGUGACAGGUUGUUGAGAGUGGCACAUGAAGUUCUUGAAAAAGAAACUUCAUCAGAGGAUCGACAUGAGGGUUGGAAUCAAGCUUUUAGCAGAAUUCAAUUGAAGCAUCACAGCCAGCAGGCUCCAUCGCUUCCUACUCAACUUCCUGCCAGGGCUGAUCUACCCUCCUGCACUGAAUGUAAUAAUGGUGGAUCUCACUAUCCCAAACUAGAUGUUCCUGGGACUGAUUACAUGCCACUGAAUUGUCAGGACGGUCAGGACUCUGUAAGCCCAGAAUCUUCACUGGGCAAAUCCUUUCCAAAUGGAAGCAUUGCAAAUUCUACUGGUUCUCAGUCAGCUGGGUUGUCACACAAUUCUUCUUUCAACUCUGUUCCUCUACUUGCUCAAAGGAAACUAUAUGCAGAAUCUCAGAUAGGAAGGUCCAGCUUCCAGAAGCUUCUGGAGCCAAGGCUAUCUCAACGUCCUGGAAUUGCUCCUUAUAGAAUUGUUCUUGGAAAUGUGAAGGAAAAGCUUAUGAAGACACGAAGACGCUUGGAACUUCUUCUUGAGGAUCUUCCUUGUGAAUAUGAUUCCUGGGAUUACUAUGAAACAAUGGAUCAACUUUUGGAACCACUACUUAUGUGCCAUGAUUCUCUGCAAUCAUGUGGAUCUGGUGUUCUGGCUGAUGGUCGGCUGGCUGAUCUUAUUCGAAGAGUUGUUACAUUUGGAAUGGUGUUAAUGAAACUUGACUUGCGUCAGGAAUCUGGUAGACAUGCUGAAACACUUGAUGCAAUUACAAGAUAUUUGGAUAUGGGUACGUAUAGUGAGUGGGAUGAAGAAAAGAAACUAGAAUUUUUGACAAGAGAGCUAAAAGGGAAGCGGCCUCUAGUUCCUCCUACAAUUGAGGUUGCUCCUGAUGUUAAAGAAGUUUUGGAUACCUUCCGUGUUGCUGCUGAGCUAGGGAGUGAUUCACUUGGGGCUUAUGUCAUUUCUAUGGCUUCAAAUGCAAGUGAUGUCCUGGCUGUGGAGCUUUUGCAGAAAGAUGCUCGACUUGCUGUUAGUGGGGAGCUAGGGAGACCGUGUCCUGGUGGAACGUUGCGUGUGGUUCCUCUGUUUGAAACUGUGAAGGACUUGAGAGAAGCGGGUUCAGUGAUCAGGAAAUUGUUAUCAAUCGAUUGGUACAGGGAGCACAUUCUAAAGAAUCAUAAUGGGCAUCAAGAGGUUAUGGUUGGAUAUUCUGAUUCUGGUAAAGAUGCUGGUCGCUUCACCGCUGCAUGGGAACUUUACAAAGCCCAGGAGGAUGUUGUGGCUGCAUGCAAUGAGUAUGGCAUCAAAGUUACUUUGUUCCAUGGGCGAGGAGGGAGUAUUGGUCGUGGUGGUGGCCCUACAUAUCUUGCCAUUCAAUCCCAACCACCUGGCUCUGUAAUGGGAACACUUCGGUCAACUGAACAAGGGGAGAUGGUGCAGGCAAAGUUUGGGUUGCCAAACACAGCUGUUAGACAGCUAGAGAUAUAUACAACUGCUGUGCUGCUUGCAACCCUGCGACCACCUCAACCACCUCGAGAAGAAAAAUGGCGAAAUCUCAUGGAGGAGAUCUCAAAUAUUAGUUGUCAAAAUUACCGGAACACAGUCUAUGAAAACCCUGAAUUUCUUGCCUACUUCCAUGAGGCUACACCUGAGGCUGAGCUUGGCUUCCUUAACAUAGGAAGCCGCCCUACUAGAAGAAAAAGUUCAACAGGAAUUGGCCAUCUCCGUGCCAUUCCAUGGGUAUUUGCAUGGACCCAAACCAGAUUUGUUCUUCCAGCUUGGCUUGGAGUUGGAGCAGGGUUAAAAGGUGUUUGCGAGAAGGGACAUACUGAAGACUUGAAAGCAAUGUACAGUGAGUGGCCUUUCUUUCAAUCUACCAUAGAUCUUAUAGAGAUGGUUUUAGGAAAGGCAGAUAUUCCUAUAGCCAAGCACUAUGAUGAAGUGCUCGUUUCAGAGAGCAGGCAAGAGCUUGGUGCUGAACUGAGGAGGGAGCUCCUAGAAACAGAGAAGUAUGUGUUGGUGGUUAGUGGGCAUGAGAUAUUGUCUGAGAAUAAUCGCAGUUUGAGGAGGCUGAUUGAGAACAGGCUCCCUUAUCUCAACCCAAUCAACGUGUUGCAAGUGGAAAUACUGAAGAGGUUGAGACGUGAUGACGAUAAUCAUAAACUCAGAGAUGCAUUACUUAUCAGUAUAAACGGCAUAGCUGCUGGGAUGAGGAAUACAGGUUAACUGGUUUAAGUGAAAUCUCUUCACGUCUACUGGUUGUACUUUCAAGAGAGCAAAUUAGACUCUGCUUCUAUAUAUCUGGCUUAGUUAUCAUUUGAUACAACUGAACUCGGAGAGAUUAGCUUUUGUGGAUAAGAUAUUAAAUUAGUUUACAGUUUUGGUGGGAUUUUUCUAAGCUACUUCAUUUACUCUUGAACGGUAUUUGUUUUGUGUAAUAUAUGGACUUGGUUGUGAGAUAAUACUUAAGAAUUCAGGUGUUGUUUAGAAAAAAAAAAAAAAAUCUAUUUA